CUUCUCCCCCGUGGUCCGGCGGCCACCCUGGUCCGGCCCUGGUCGCCUCUCGCCCCUGCACUCCUGCGAUGGUCACUGGCCUUACUCCCGGAUCCUGUGACCUCCUUGCCUGUAGAAGCGUGCAGAUGUGUUUGGAGGUCAGAAGGAAUGUUUCUCAGGAAUCCACUCUUUGGUUAUUGGAGUGUGAAAUUCAGCCUCUCCUGUGGCCCUUUUCCUUUAUGCUGGGAGCAGGGGGCACGCUGGUGGCCGUUUAUUUUUCCUAGUCCAGGGAUGGGGAGCCUGCGGCGUUGACACCACAUGUGGCCCCAGCUCUGCCUUCUGAGGAUUCUGCACUUACCCAAAACAGAAUGGCUCCUGUGAUGCCAACAUCUAGGUGUCAGGAAACAUUGACUUUCAAGGAUGUGGCGGUGGACUUCACCAGGGAAGAGUGGGGGCACCUGGGCCCUGCUCAGAGGGACUUAUACAAGGAAGUGAUGCUCGACAAUUACAGGAACCUGGUGUCCCUGGGACUUCAGGUGUCUAAACCAGAUGUGAUCUUCCAGUUGGAAAGAGGAGAAUCACCAUGCAUGUUGGAGGGCAAGGACUCCAGUGAUCCCUGUCCAGAGUUCCUUAGUCAGAUGUCCAGGCAUGAAACAGCAGAGUCAACUGUAAAUCCAUGUGUUUCUCCCGAAGAGGCAUCUAAGGAAAGAGUUAAGACAGAUGGUUCCUGGAAAUACAAAAUGGGAGAAGCCUGUGAACAGGAUGUCAGAGUAGAACAAAAGAAUUGCAAUCAGGACAGACAAGCCAGUCAAGAGACAACUAUCCACAGAGAAAUUUCUGCUAAGUCUGUGUUUGAAAGUUGUUUCAGUCUGGAGUCAGUCCUUGUUUCACAAGAGGGAGUUCAUGCUAGAAAAAGUCUUCAGGAAUGUGGUACAUAUGGAAAGAACGUAAAACAGUAUUCAGACCUAGAUGAAAGUGACAGAGUCUUUUGCAAGAAUAAUCUUUGUAAUUGUAAUAUAUGCAGCAAGUCAUUCAGUUGCCCUUCAGACCUUAUUUACUUUAAUAAAGAGCAUAGUGAAGAAAAAGUAUAUAAAUGUAAUGAGUGUGGGAAAUUCUUCACCAAUGGAAAAUCCCAUAGAAGUCAUCAGAGAAUUCAUACAGGAGAGAAACCCUUUGAAUGUAAUCAGUGUGGGAAAUCCUUUAGGUGGAAGAGCUAUCUUACUGUACAUAAGAGAAUUCAUACUGGAGAGCAACCCUUUGAAUGUAAUCAAUGUGGGAAAGCCUUCAGGCAAAGUUCUCACCUAACUGUACAUCAGGUAAUUCAUACUGGAGAGAAAGCCUUUGAAUGUCACCAGUGUGGGAAAUUCUUUAGCCUUAUUGAGCAGCUUAUUGAACACAAGAGAAUUCAUGCUGGAGAGAAACCCUUUGAAUGUAAUCAGUGUGGGAAAGCCUUCAGCCAAAUUUCUCAACUUACUCGACAUGAAAAAAUUCAUUCUGGAAAGAAACCCUUUGAAUGCCAGGAAUGUGGGAAAUGCUUCAUCCGUAGUGAGCAGCUUAGUUCUCAUAAGAGAAUUCAUACUGGAGAGAAGCCAUUUGAAUGUCAUGACUGUGGGAAAUACUUCAGCCAGAGAGGGCAGCUUAAUACGCAUAAAAGAAUUCAUACUGGUAAGAAGCCUUUUGAAUGUAGUCAAUGUGGAAAAGCAUUUAGCCGAAGCACUUACCUUACUGUACAUCAGAGAGUUCAUACUAGAUCAAAACCCUUUGAAUGCCAUGAAUGUCGAAAAUGCUUCUUCAGUAGUGAGCAACUUACUGAACAUAAGAGAAUUCAUAUAGAAAAGAAAUAUUUUGAAUGUAAUCAGUGUGGGAAAACUUUCAACCGAAGUUCUCACCUUACUGUACAUCAAAGAAUUCAUACUGGAGAGAAACCCUUUAAAUGUCACCAAUGUGGGAAAUCUUUCAGUGAUAGUGGGCGGCUCAGUACACACAAAAAAAUUCAUACUGGAGAGAAACCCUUUGAAUGUAAUCAAUGUGGGAGAGCAUUUAGCCGAAAUUCUAACCUUAGUGUGCAUCAGAGAAUUCAUACUGGAGAGAAACCCUUUGAAUGUCAUAAAUGUCACAAAUUCUUUACCCAGAGCAGGUCCCUUACUGAACACCAGAGAAUUCAUACUGGAGAGAAACCCUUUGAAUGUAAUGAAUGUGGAAAAACCUUCUGCCGGAGUGGGCAGCUUACUCUGCAUAAGAGAGUUCAUACUGGAGAAAAGCCCUUUGUAUGUCUUGAAUGUGGAAAAUCCUUCAGCCAUAGUUGGAUGCUUAGUGCACAUAAGAAAAUGCAUGCUGGAGAAAAACCCUUUAAAUGUCUUGAAUGUGGGAAAUCCUUUAGCUGGAGUGGAUCCCUUACUGAACAUAAGAGAGUGCAUACAGGAGAGAAGCCUUUUGAAUGUCAUGACUGUGGGAAAGCCUUUAGCCGUAGUGGUCAGCUUACCACACAUAAGAGAAUUCAUACAGGAGAGAAACCCUUUGAAUGUCAUGACUGUGGCAAAGCUUUUAGCUGUAGUUUUUACCUCACUGUACAUCAGAAAAUUCAUAAUGGAGAGAAACCCUUUGUAUGUAAUGAUUGUGGGAAGUCAUUUAGCUGGAACAAAUCCCUUACUCUACAUAAGAGAAUCCACACUGGAGAGAAACCUUUUGAAUGUAAUGAAUGUGGGGAAUCCUUUACCUGGAAGGGACAGCUUACUGAACACAAGAGAAUUCAUACUGGAGCAAAGAAACCUUUUGAAUGUAAUCAAUGUGGAAAAGCCUUUAGGCAAAAUUCCCACCUUACUGUACAUCAGAUAAUUCAUACUGGAGAGAAACCAUUUGAAUGUCAUCAAUGUGGGAAAUCCUUCAGGCAGAGUUCUCAACUUACUCGACAUGAGAAAAUCCAUAUUAGAUAGAAAUUUUUUUGACUCUGACAAAUGUAGGAAAUCUUAUCUAACACAAACAGCCUUCUGAACUUGAUUAUUUAUAUUACUGCAAAGAAAUAUUUAAGUGUAUAUAAUCAAUGGAAAAACCUUCAAAGUUAUAAAUUUUAAUUCUGCAGGAAGAGCUCAGUAGAUGGAAUAUUUUUACAUAUACUUCUUUCAGAGUGGAAAACAAUGAGGACAAGAGAACUCAUAUUGGAGAGAGAAAUUUCAAAUGUUAUAAUGAUGGCAUUUCUUUUCACGAAGUAGAUGUCUUAUUGAGCAUGAAGAGUAUUAAUUGAUACUUUGGUAAAGAAAUACUUUUAAGGCAAUGAGUGCGGGAAAGCCUUCACUUACAGUUUUUGUAAUCUGCUGCAUCAGAGAACUGGAGAAAUACCUUUGAACAAUGGAUGUAGAGAAUCCUUUAUUUCCUUAAACAAUUUACUAAAUUUGAGAGAAUUCUUUCUGGGUCAAAGAAACUGUUUGAAAUCCUUUACAUAAUCACAGUGUUUUGAAAGUUUGAAGGUACUUCAGUUUCUAUCUGCUUGAACCCACAUAUUUAAGAACGAUCUCACUGUGACAUACCUGACAAAGUAGUUACCUGAUGCGGUCCAGGGGUUAGGAGUCCUGGCACCCCAAAAUCAUGAUACCCGGGUCCUGCCCGAAAGAA